GACUCUCCUCUCGCCGCUGUCGCCCUCGCCACCGCCGCCGCCGCCGCCGCCAUCGCCAUGCCGCUCCUCACGCCCUCGCGGCUUGCCAUUGUCGUCGUCUUCUCCUUCUCCGUCAUCACCUUCUUCUGGACCUUUGCCCUGCCCAUCCAGUCCGCCCAGCCCGAGGUGCCCGUCAUCGACCACUAUAACUACAAGAACGUCCACACCGAGCCCAUUAUCCCGGCCCCCGCCAUCGAGACUCCCCACCCAACAGUCCAUGGCCACGGCCCAGGCGGGGACGACAAGGAGGAGGCCGGGGGCGUGGGAACCGCACAUGGGGGCGCUGUGCCCUCUACGCUCCUCACCCACGCAGCCAAUGCAGCCAAUGCCGCCAACCCAACCCCGACACCCGCCGCCUUUCCCCCUGCCUCGACGCACGCCGUCGAGCACUUCUGCAAAAACCUCACGCUGGCCCACGACGUCAUGGUGGUGCUGCAGACGUCCAAGGUGUACAUGCACAUGCUCGACGCGCACAUGCAAGCUUUCAUGUCCUGUGUGCCCACCUUUGUCAUCUUCAGCGACCACGACGGCGAGUUCCACGGCCACAAGGUGCACGAUGCGCUCAAGUUGGUGAGCCACGAUGUCAGGUUUUCGCACGACGAGUUUCAAGAGUACCGCAUCCUCCGUGCCGAUGCCGCGCACACGCCCAAUGCCGAGAAGCUGCUGGCCUUGGACAAGUGGAAAAUGCUGCCAAUGGUCUACAGGGCCUACCAUAUGAAACCCGACGCCAAAUUCAUCAUCUUCCUAGAGGACCAGACAGCUUUGAGCUGGACAAACUUGCUGCAGUGGCUCAGGCGAUUGGAUUACCGCAUCCCCUACUACAGCGGGGCGCCCGUCUACAUUUCCGGAACACAGUCAGUCCAACGCGGACCGGGCAUCAUGCUGUCUCAAGGCGCCCUGCGCAGAUUUGCAAAGUCGUACGAUGAGCUGUACACGAGCAAAUGGGAAAAGGCCGUCGACAAAGAAUGCUGCGGUGAUCUCAUGUUGGCAAGGGCCCUAGCAGACGCACACGUCGAGCUCUACAGCUCAUGGCCUAUUCUUCAGACGGAGCGACCCAACACGCUCGACUACACCCAGAAACAUUGGUGCACACCAGCUGUUUCGUGGUACCAAGUCGACGGCCAGCAGAUCACUCAACAAUGGGAAAUCGAGAAGAAGUGGACCAGUGCCAAUGGCUGGAAUACGCCGUACUUGUACCGCGAUGCUUUUCAUGAUCAUGUAGCGCCGCAUAUGGAAGAGACCAAGGAGGGCUGGGACAACCUUAGCCAGGAUGCCGAAAUCGUUGCGCCGACGGGGAGGCAGAAGCACCUCAAAGACGAAGCAGACAAGAUGAAACUUCAGGAAGAAGAAAGAAAGAAGCAAGAAGCCAACAAGGAAGAGAAAGACCGAAAAGAGCAAGACGCGCCAGCACAAAGCAUGCAAGAAGCCAACAAGGAUAGAAUCCUCCAAGUCGCCGGCCAGGAAGAAACGCAAUACCAAAAACGAGCAGACAAGGACAAGGACAAAACGAAGCAGCCGCCCAACUGGGACAAAUUCGCCGAGAAAUACCCCAACGCUGCAGAUAGUCUCGCCACAUGCCAAAAGACGUGCAAACAAGUCGAGGAUUGUCUGCAAUGGCGAUACUCGACAGAAGGAGACGGCCACUGUUACCUGAGCAAGGUGAUCAGGCUGGGUGGCAAGGAUGGUGAUGGCAAGUGGACGAGUGGGUGGGUGGUCGACCGCAUCGAGACGGUGCAAAAGGAAUGGAAGUGCGAAAAGGCCGAGUGGAACUUUUAUCAGUAGUGUUUUGUUUUGUCGGGCUUACACGGCUUGCGGUAGACUAUACGCAACAAACAUGACGGAGUUUGUGGUGUCGUUGGAACAUGAAACACGAAACAUGGAGGCUGGCACUGUCUAGGCUAUGGCAUAAUGCUGGGACACGGCCCAUGUGUGUUUGUAUACCCUCUGGUUGCAAUUUAUGGGAUAUGUUUAUAGAGGCUUCGCAUUCAUAGUUUGCAUUGCGUAGCUGUAAUGUCGUUGAUGCGAAAUGGAGUCUGUUCG